AUGGCAGCCAGACUGGAAACCCUGCAUCCCGCCCUCCUCUGCCCCGCAACCCGCACCAAUCACAAGCCUCCAACCCGCGCUCUUCCGGGUCGUAGAAGAGCCUCCCGCCGGCUCCUGAGCUCGCUAGUCGCAGCCGUGGAGCGAUGGUGCUCGGAGGGUCCGGGGACGUGUGAACUGCCGGGGAGGACCAUGAGCAAAGGGGACACCCCGGGUCGCAGCGCCUCGUUGACGUUCACCAUCGACAGCAUCCUCAACCUGCGGCAGCAUCAGCGGGACACCGGGGACACCGGGGACACCGGGGACAGGGACAGGACGCAGAGGGACGGAGGGUGCAAGGAUGAGGUGUGGGACGUCCGGAGGAGAGAGGACAGCGGCUCGGAGGGGACAGUGAAGCCCAGAGUCCAUCCUGUGGACCGCGGGGGACAGACACCCUGUCCCGGGGCGCACAGGGCGCACGGUGCCGAGGACGCGUCCGAGCAGGAGCAGGAGCAGACGACCCCCGGGGGGGACACCAAGUCCACAGUGAAGAAGAAGACUCGCACCAUCUUCUCCAAGAGACAGAUCUUCCAGCUGGAGGCCACGUUCGACAUGAAGCGGUACCUGAGCAGCUCGGAGAGAGCGUGCCUCGCCAGCUCGCUGCAGCUCACCGAGACCCAGGUGAAGAUCUGGUUCCAGAACCGCAGGAACAAGCUGAAGCGGCAGCUGUCCACGGACCUGGACGGGCCCCUGGCCGCAGAGCAGCUCUCGGACGCGGGGAAAAACGUGCAAUUACCCACUUUUUACAAGGACAGCAGCCUGCUGAACGGAUGUUUGAUGCCCAUGCCUUUCCCCGUCAUGUACCCGGCUCAUGCGAACGCGACGCCGUACAUCUACUUCUCCAACACUGGCAAGUAUUUCGGGCUGUUCGACGCGGACUGA